CUUUUAAUUAUGAGAUUUGAGUGUUUUGUAUGUAUUCUUUGUGCAAAUUUAUAAAUAUUUCUCGAAUACCAUGUUAGGCAGAGUACUAAAGAGAUAUCAACAAACAUGGCGGGUAUUGUUAUUCGUAGUGAUCUUUUCCAGUCUACUGGGUUUUGUACACCCACGAAGAAAACCACACAUUAUCAUGAUAGUAGCAGAUGACCUGGGCUGGGAUGACGUCAGUUUUCAUGGAUCUCCCCAGAUUCCCACGCCAUACAUCGACCACUUGGCAAAUAAUGGAGUUAUCCUUAAUAAUUAUUACGUAUCACCAAUGUGUACGCCAUCAAGAGCAUCUAUUAUGUCUGGGAAAUACCCAAUACAUCUAGGUAUGCAGCAUUUUGUGAUAUACGCAGCACAGCCAUAUGGAUUACCGCUGGACGAGAUUACUUUACCGAUGUACCUAAAAACACAGGGUUACCGCACAGCUGGGGUCGGCAAGUGGCAUCUAGGUUUCUUCACCAAGGAAUAUACCCCGGUGUACCGGGGAUUUGACUCGUUCUACGGGUUUUGGAACGCAAAGACUGACUACUGGAACCACACCUCUGACGAGAAUAAUUUCUGGGGAAUUGAUCUGAGAGACAAUAUGGAACCUGUUAGCACAGAGAGUGGCGUGUACGGGACAGAACUAUUCACACGAGAAGCUGUCAAAGUGAUCGACAACCACGACAAGAGCCAACCCUUGUUUUUAUAUCUCGCACAUCAAGCAGCACACUCAGCUAAUCCAAACGAGCCAUUACAAGCACCACAAGACAAGAUCAAUAGAUUUACAGACACCAUCGAUCAGUUGCAGCGACGUAUUUACGCUGCCAUGGUAACGUCGUUAGACCAAUCAGUUGGAGACAUAUAUUCAGCAUUGAGCAGGAAUAAAAUGUUAAAAGAUUCGGUGAUUAUUUUCACCACUGAUAACGGUGGAGCACCGCAUGGCUUCAACUGGAACAUGGGCUCCAACUACCCUCUCCGCGGUGGCAAAGACAUGCUGUGGGAGGGAGGGGUCAAAGGAACAGCCUUUGUGUACAGUGAUCUCAUUCAACAUAAAGGUCGUGUUAGUCAUGAUCUGAUUGACAUCACCGACUGGGUACCUACUAUCUACCACCUGGCUGGAGGGAACGCUGAACUCCUUCAUGGAUACUUAGAUGGAAAGAAUGUAUGGGAGACAAUAUCUCGUAGAGGGAAACUAUCACCAAGAGAUGAAAUAUUGCAUAAUAUUGACCCGUGGCGUAAAUUUGAAGCGAUUCGCAAAGGCCGGUACAAGCUGGUGGUCGGUAUGGACGAUACGUAUCAGGUUGGAUGGCACCCAAGGUACAAAGGAAGAGAUAUCUCGUUGCUAAGGCAACCGGAUACGUUACCAGGAGCUAUCCUCCGUUGUGGUGUGUGGGAUAAAAGUAAGAUGUGUGAUUCGAGUAAAGGAAAGGCUUGUUUGUUUGAUAUGAAGAAAGAUCCUUGCGAAUACCACGAUAUAUCUUCAGAUCUUCCCCACAUCGUACAAGAAUUAAAAGAACGCCUUGAUUUCUAUCGUAAAUCAUCGCGCCCGGUGUGGUACCCUGGCAUCGAUAAGAACGCAAACCCCGCUCGGUUCGGUGGUUUCUGGGGCUCUUGGAAAGAACUUAAAGACAACAGCAGUCUAAUAAACGCAUGGAACUCUGUGUGGAAACUCGCAAAUAUACAACGAAAUGCCGCACAAAGGAAAGUUAAAGGAGUGAGCAGCGCUGCACACGGCAACACUGGAACAUCUGCCAACGGUAUUAUUGACUUAGCUUGGGAGCAAAGUAAGCCAUUGGCUGACUCUAUGGAAGACAAUGGAGCGACAUUAACAUGGACACCGAAUAAACCAAUAGAAAUACACUCCAGUGAGAAACCUAAGGACCACGUUGAUAGGUUUUAUUACCAUCGGUUUUCUGAUUCAAGAAAUGAGUAUUCGUUGGAGUAAUUGGAGCUUAUUAGGGACGGACCAUUAGAUUUUUGAGGGGGUGGGCAAAAACCAAAAAAAUUCAAAUCAUGUCCAAAAAAACAU